GACAGUUAAGGUGGAAAGAGUCCCCACCAAGAUCAACUUUCAUGAUUACACUGAGGCUUCAAUGACCUGGCAAAUUAUCAACCAGCCUUGAUUUGAUUGAACUUGAAGGCAGGGGAGAGAGAGAGAGAGAGAGAGAGAGAGAGAGAGAGAGAGAGAAAUGGAAGGAGAGAGAUCAGGAAGAGUUGUAUGUGUAACAGGUGGUUCAGGGUUCUUAGGUUCUUGGCUGGUUAUGAGGCUUCUUGAUCAAGGCUACUCUGUGAAUACUACUGUUAGAUCACACCCUGCAGAGAACCAGAGAGAUCUAAGCUACCUCACAAGUCUACCAGGAGCAACCGAAAGGCUCAAAAUUUUCACAGCGGAUCUCAGCAACCCGGACAGCUUCAAUGCAGCCGUUGAAGGAUGCAUCGGAGUGUUCCAUGUUGCCACUCCAGUCGAUUUCCAAGACAAGGAACCAGAACAAGUAGUGACCAAAAGAUCAAUUGAUGGAGCUCUCGGCAUUCUGAAGGCGUGCUUAAAUGCAAAAACAGUGAAACGAGUUGUGUACACUUCUAGUGCAUCCGCUGUCGUGUUUGGCAGCGGCAAUGAUGUGGAGGAAGUGGAUGAAAGUUUUUGGAGCGACGUAGAUUACAUUAAAGCUAAAAUUUCAUAUGGAGGGUCAUACAUGAUUUCAAAGACAUUAACUGAGAAGGCAGUUCUUGAAUUUUCAGAGAAAUAUGGGUUGGAUGUUGUGACAGUAAUACCUUCUUUUGUUGUUGGCCCCUUCAUUUGUCCUAAGCUUCCCGGCUCCGUUCACAGUACACUGGCUCUGGUCUUUGGUAACCUUGAUCAGCUUAGCUUUCAUAUUAAUACGCCUAUGGCGCAUGUCGAUGAUGUUGCCAGAGCGCACAUUUUCCUUUUCGAACAUCAUAAUGCAAAAGGGAGGUACAAUUGCUCAUCACAUGUCAUAACCCUUGUACAAAUGGCUGAGUUUCUUUCUGCCAAAUACCCGGAGUUUCAAAUACCCUCAGUAAGCUAUUUAAGGGAGGUUAAAGGUGAGAAAGCACCUGGUCUGUCGUCAAAGAAGCUCUUGGAUUCAGGUUUCAGAUUCAAGUACGGGGUUGAUGAGAUGCUCAUCGAUGCAAUUCAAUGCUGCAAAGAAAAGCAUUAUUUGUAGUUCCGUUUACGGAUUAUAAUUAAGGCUCAUAUAUGAUUAUAUGCACAUUCCGUUCCAUACCAGAAAAUCAUCACCUUUGUUUGAUGGGAAAGGAAUUUGUACAAACGAUAUAUACAUUGUAUGUGUGUUGUAAGAAUAAAAUGCAUGCCCCUAUUUACCAGCAUAUGUUCUGGCA